AUGCCCAGCAGCAAUCCGGCAACGAACACACAGCAGCAGCCCCAACCCGACUACAUCUACCGCCCCGAGGAUCCCGAGUACGCGGAUCACCUACGUGCCGACAGCGAAGUGCCCUCAAACCCCGCCCUGGCCGCCUCUGGACUCUCGCACCGCUACCGCGCGCUGUCGACCAACAUGGAGGCCAACGAGGUCAAGUCACUCACGCGGAUGCAGAUCCUGACGCCCCUCUCGGUAUUGCUGCAGAUGGGCGUGAUGAUCCUCUGCGGAUCCAAGCUGAUCAAGCCCAACUUGCAACAGGUCUCGCGUCGACACCCUACGUAUCUGUCCGUGCAGGAUUCGUUCGUGCUCUUCUACUGGGCCGUUCUCUACGUUUUACUCAUCGGAUUCUCGGUCUUCUUGCUGUUGAGCAGGACCGCCGAGACCAAGAAGGCUCUCGUCCAUGGGGUCGGUACCCGUCUCGCACUGGCCAACUACAUGAUGGUCCUCUGGGCCAUCUUCUGGAUCCUCGAUCGACCGCUCACGUUCAUCCUCGGCACCGCUGCGCUUGGCGUCAUCGCCUUGCUUCUCCUCUUCAACGCCCUCGUGCUGGCCAUCCGUCAUCCGCCAUCGCCCAAGCACCCGCUCGACUGGCUCUUCAUCCACGUACCCAUCAAGAUGUUCCUCGUCGUCACGCUCCAGUACGAUCUGUGGCAGCAGCUCUUCAUGGCCCUCGGAUGGGACUUUGGUGCAGGCGGUCACGAUGCACUCGUCAAAGGUCUCUGGCCGGCAUUUGGCAUCGUCACCGGUCUCGGCGCCUUCUCGGCGCUGUGGAUCUUUGCCACCGCCGACCUCACCUGGACCGCAGCGGGCAUCUAUCUCAACCUCGGCCUGCUGUGGCACAAGCACUUCAGCUUGAUCGGUGGCAGGGACGAUGGUGAGCCCCGACCUGCGCCGCUCACCGCCGCCAUCAUUCUGAGCAUCUCCCUCCAAGCGGUGGCAUUGGUAGCCGGGAUCGCGUGGAAGAGGAUCAAGGCUCGACAGGAGGGAAGCAUUGCACUGCCGCUGUCGCCAGAGGAGGAGGCGGCGGUGUACAGGGCCGAGGUGGAACGCAAUGCGCGGGCCGCUGCGGCGACCGGUGGGUCGGGUGCUGCUGCAACCGCUCCUGCUGCGGCUGCCGGGAACGGCAAGCAGGUCAACAGGGUAACCGACAUCGCUGACGAGGAGGUGGCUGCCGAGUCGAGCGGUGCGACUGUCACGCCUACCAAGGUGACCAGGAAGCUCGGUGGUAGUGCGAAUGCCAGCCCGGCGAAGAAGAAGUGA